AUGACCUCCGUCGACUACUCGCCCCAGCCGGACUACCGUUCUCGCUCGUCCCAUUCUACGCCACCCGCCCCUCCCAAGGGCCUUCUCUCUGCCACCUGGCAGGUCCUUGAGCAGCCACCACCACCCACUCUGCGUGAGAUCCUGAGCGCAUACCGCACGCGCGGAGACGGAGACAGAGAGAUGCUGAUGGCCAUGCUUAACGCAAAGAGCGCCGAGGACCAGGUGGGCUUCGUCAUGCUUCUUCUACGGCGUUCCCUUUCAGUUAACACAACCGCCGUCUCUUCUCCACCACAGAGAAUCUCCUCAAUCGCUGCCCUCCAUCGUACCAUGCUCGACUAUUACCAAGUCGUGCCCGACUCUCCGAGACAACAGAGCAGGAAUGCUCCCUACCUCGAGGACUCUCAUCCGCACCCCAACACGCUCCCGCCCCUUCAGCCCUUCCCACCGCCGUCAUCCGCUCACUCCUCGCCUCGGAUGCGGAGAGAAGCGCCAGAGUCGUCUACCUCCGCCGCUCGCCCAAGCAAGCGAUCUCGCACCUCUCACUCGCCUCCGUCUGGGCACCGAUCAACUGCAAGCAACCCUUCCCCUGCCCCCUCUCCGCGAUCGCUCCAUUCCCCUUCUUACUCCUCCACCCGCAGUGAUUCCGCCGACCACUCGCCUCGCUCACAGGGCGCAAUGGCAAUCGACUCGCUCCUCUCUGCACACUCCUCCCGCGAGGAGCUCUCCAGUUCGUCGACUUCGUCCAAGCGCUCCGCCCCACACAUGAACGGCGUCCCCGAGUACACUUCAGCCAUCCGCGGAGGCCCGAGUCAGCCUUCUUCUAGUUCUGUCGCAGCUGUUUCCGGAUAA